AUGGGGAAUCCGAAAGCCGAGGAGCGGAGGAGGAGGGUGUUGUUACUGUGCGGGGACUACAUGGAAGAUUACGAGGCAAUGGUCCCAUUUCAAGCACUGCAGGCAUUUGGAGUCUCUGUUGAUGCAGUUUCACCUGGCAAGAAAGCUGGUGAUAUCUGCGCCACUGCCAUAACCAUUCAAGUAGAGUCCAUUGAUCAGGCUAAUAGCGAAUCUCGUGGUCACAAUUUCACACUGAAUGCAACAUUUGAUGAGAUUGAAUUUGACGAAUAUGAUGGUCUAGUUAUACCAGGAGGACGAUCUCCUGAACAUCUUGCUAUGAAUGCAUCGGUUGUAGAAUUGGUGAGAAAAUUUUCCGACUCCAGAAAGCCAAUUGCUGCUAUUUGCCAUGGGCAGUUGGUCUUAGCAGCUGCAGGCGCUGUUAAAGGUCGCAAGUGCACAGCGGUUUCAACUAUGAAACCUGGAUUGGUUGCUGCUGGUGCUCACUGGGUAGAACCCGAUACAUUGUCAGUGUGUGUUACUGAUGAUAAUUUAAUUACUGGGGUCACAUAUUAUGGCAAUCCUGAGUUCAUUGGGCUUUUUCUCAAGGCACUGGGAGGCAACAUAUGUGCUUCAGAGAGAAGGGUCCUCAUCAUCAUUGGAAACUACGCGGAAGAUUAUGAGGUAACUGUGCCUUAUCAGACCCUCAAAGUUCUAGGAUGCCAUGUUGAUGUGGUUUGCCCCAAGAAGAAAGCCGGUGAUACCUGCCCAACUGCUAUCCGAGAUCUUGAAGGGGGCCAAACCUACAGUGAGAUCCGGGGACAUAAUUUUGUUUUAACAGCUGACUUUGAAUCCAUAGAUGCCUCAAGUUAUGACGCUCUUGUACUCCCUGGGGGUAAAGCUCCAGAGUUUUUGGCAAUAAAAGAGGAUGUUAUUGUACUAGUGAAACAAUUUAUGGAAGCCAGGAAACCAGUUGCAUCCAUCUGCCAUGGCCUGGAAAUUUUAGUUGCUGCUGGUGUUCUGCAGGGGAAGAAAUGUACUGGAUACCCAGGGAUUAAGGCUCGUGUGGUUUCGUCAGGGGGGACGUUUGUGGAAGCAGAUCCAAUAGAUCGUUGUGUCACUGAUGGAAAUCUGGUUACCGCAGCAGCGUGGCAUGGCCAACCAGAGCUUAUUUCUCAGUUGAUGACAUUGCUUGAUAUUCGAGUAUCAUUCUAG